AUGAUGAUGGUCACGCCACAGUCGAAAGUGGGCAGGGGCAUCUGCUUCACCCAGCAAGAGAGCAAAAGCUUCAGCUCGAGGGCCGCCGCUGUGAGUCGGAGGCACAGCAUUGAUGGGACAAUUGGUUCAGGAUCAGGAUCAGUACCGGGACGAGGCCCCAUUGACUUGGACCGCUUCCAUCCGUACCUACGACAGUUCAGUGAAGGGGCGGUGCCGGCUGUGGGGCCCUGCUUCCAGCAGUGCUCGCCUACUUUCAGCUGUCUACAGGAGGUGUGCAGCCCGGAGACUCAGCUACAAGAUACAAACAGCUCCAGCAGCGAGACGCCAACAUCCUGGGACCAGUACAAUGGCAGCCUUCAGGUUUCUAGAUUAAUGAGUUCGUACCCAGAACUACCAGCUGCACCAGUAGAGCCCUCCAGCUACCUGUCUCAGAGCUAUCCAUCCUACAGCUCACAGAGCCCCCAGCAACAGGUCUCAUCUAGACUGUAUCCUAAUAACGAGCAGUCCAACAGUUCAAAAUAUUCUCUCCAAAGUCUCUCCUCUCAAUCCCACCAGGAGGGCUCCACACAGUCUCCCUUCCCCAAACCCAUCUACUCAUACAGCAUCUUGAUCUUCUUGGCUCUGAAGAACAGUAAAACAGGAAGCCUGCCAGUCAGCGAGAUCUACAGCUUCAUGACUGAACACUUCCCCUAUUUCAAGUCAGCUCCUGAUGGAUGGAAGAACUCUGUGCGUCACAACCUCUCUCUGAACAAGUGCUUUGAGAAGGUGGAGAACAAAAAUGGGAACUCGUCCCGUAAAGGCUGUCUCUGGGCUCUCAAUCCAGCCAAGGUGGAGAAAAUGCAGGAGGAGCUGCACAAGUGGCGCCGCAAGGACCCCGUCACUGUUCGAAGGAGCAUGGCGAGGCCAGAAGACCUUGAUCGUCUACUGGGAGAGAGACCAGACAAGCUCAAGGCUUUGCCGCCUUACACCAUCCCAGCUUUGUUAUCCAGAAUGGCCCCUAUCUACGGCACCUCCUCUUCAUCCUGCAGCCUAGCACAGCUGCGACCGCCCUGUUUACCCACCCGGCACCAACAGUAUGCCCAUGUUCCGCCUCAGCAGCCCUGCUACCUUCCCCCUGCCGCUGCUCACCCCAGCAAUUCAUUUGUCCUGUCCUCACCCUGUGGACAGCAGCAUGCAGCUGCUGUCCCAUCAGCCCCUGGGAGCUUGCACUCCCUCAGGGCUUGUAAGAUGCCCCCUGUGUACAGCCCCAGCAGCAUGCAGGACCUGCUGUUGGAGGGAGAUGCCAGUUAUGAUGUCGACACGCUCAACCCCAGUCUGAUUGACGUGCAGCUACAAGGAAACCUGUGGGAGCAGUUACAGGAGGACAGCUUGGUGUCAGAUCCACAAGUUCCCGGUCGACGGAAAGCAGAGUAUGAGGACGACGACACGACUGACAGAAACUUUGAGCUGCAGGGAUGUUUGAAUGGACUGCAUCCUGUGGUUUACUCAGGGGUGGAGAGUCUGGCUGGGUAUCUGACCUCCUGCACCGCCUCCGUCUCCUCAAUGUAAACACCCGACUGUUUGGGCCAGAACACUCCCUGAUCAUCACUGUACUAAAUUAACCUGGCCACAAACAGCUUUAUGCCUCAGUGUUAGCUUGGGGACUAUUUAACUGAUUUAAUCCUCUAUUUACUACCAUGUGACAGACUGUGAAAUACUUCUUUUUUCUUUUUGUCUGUUUCAAUACACAUUUAUAUCCCCCCAUUUAUUUAUUUGAGACUAAGAAUUAGUAAAUAAUUAGUAAACAAGGAGACACUUGAUACAUUAAAGUUGUAAUUAAAUUUAAUUGAAUUUUCUAAUCUAUUUAUUUACCUUUUAAAAUUUUACAUCACUGUGGUAUAAGUUCUCUUAUUUUUAAGUAAUUUAAAAAACAAUGUUUUGUCAUUUAUGAAUAUUCAAUUAAAUGUUAUUUAGUAAAAUGUUGUUGCAUUAAUAAUGUUUGCCAAUGUUUUGCCAAUUUUUUAUGAUCUCUUUAAGUCAGUUAAAUGUACAAUAUGCGGCCUAAUUUUCUGCCAUCAGUGGGUCUCAAAACAGCAGCAAAAGAUGGAGCAUUGUUGUUGUUCCUGGUUAGGAAAAAAAAGUUCGUCAUUCAGGCGGGGUUUUAUUUUUAGCAGAAGCCAAAUUAUCCGUAGAGUUUCCGCCCUCUCCAAAGCAAAUGGACCCAGCGAUUCAAUCUGGUUGAAUACUAAAUAAAGCAGUUUCAUGUUGUGUUUUUCUGUCACUGUUCAGCACUGUUGUGGUUGUGAGCUGAGCUGCAGACAGCAUUUACUUAUCUUGUUUCUCCGAAAACUUAAUAUCCAGAUAUCUCAUGACUAAAAUCAAUCAUCUGGUUAAAAUACAUAGUUAAACGCAAACAAGAUCUUAAAAAUGGCAGUUUAUGACGAUUUCUGGCAGACAACCAUUACACUGAUGAAUCUGCAAAGACUAUAUGACAAUGUAUAUGGCAAUACGUGAUUAAAAUUACGGAUUUCCCCCCUGUCCC